AUGGCCUCUACAUCGUUCGAACCGCGAUGGGGCUGGCCCUCUGCAACAGACAAGACAUCCGAUGACAAUCACAGAACCGACGCGCCAACACCCCCGACACCCGAGGAGCAGACAUCCGGCGCUGCCGGCCCCUCGGACACUCCAUCUCCACGCCCGACCCCUACACAGAAGCAACGGCGCUAUAGCCCGCGAACUUGCCGCAUCUGUCUCGAGGUCGUCAAUCCCACGACGGAGAUUGACGAUUCGUUCGCAGGCCGGGUCUUCUCCAACAAGACCCGCGUGCGUUAUGUGUCCGAGGACCCGGAGCUCGGCCGCCUCUUCAGCCCUUGCAAAUGCAAAGGCUCGCAGAGGUAUGUCCACGAGGGGUGUCUGCAGGCCUGGAGGAACGCAUCCCCUCUGUCGGACCGGAACUACUGGCGCUGCCCAACCUGCCACUUCGAGUACCGCCUCGAGCGCCUGCGCUGGGGCCGUUGGCUUUCGAGCCGGCUCCUCCGGGUCUCCCUGACCCUUUCCAUCAUGGUGGCUACCAUCUUCGUCCUUGGGUUUAUCGCCGACCCUAUCCUCGGUUUUUGGGAUGAUCCGUUUGGUACCAUUGUCGGGGGGCUCAUGGAUAUCGAGUUUGAUGAACCGGUACUGAGGGAUGAUGGGCCGAGCAGCUGGGCUGGCCACUUUAUGAGAGGGUUUCUUUCUCUGGGGAUUCUGGGUUUUCUGAAGACCAUGUUCUUCAUGUCACCGUUCAAUUGGAUCAACAUACGGUUUGGUGGUGCGGGUCGUCGGAGACGGGCGGCCGGCAGAGACAGGAUGGAGUCAAUCAACUGGGGUCUUGUUCUUAUUGGAGUGCUGACCUUUUUGGGAGCAACGUGGAAGUUUGUCAACCAUCUCAUGGCCAAGACCCUCGAGAAUGCCAGGGAUCGUGUCGUGGAUGUCCAGGAGGACGAGCCCGACGAAGACGAAGCCGACGAGGAUGCCGUACCUGGUGACACGGCACCCGGGGCAGCGACCGACGAGUCGAGAAAGGAUAAGUAA